AUGAGCGGAGCACUAGCGAAUAAAUUUUCAAAGAGAGAUAACAAAGUAUAAGUAGUGUAAAAUUAUAAAACCGGGGAGUUACUGUCUCAAAUCGAUAAAGCUCUUGUUAAUUUCGAUAAGAUGUAAGAUGCUAAGAGUGUACAAGCUUCAUUCAUUAAUCCUUACAUUGGCAAUAAACUAAUGAAGUCUGGAGUUAGCUCAGUAGUUCGAGGAGUCCCAAGUGACAAUCCAUUAAGCAAUGAAAGCAGAUUUGUAAACAGAGUUCCAAAUAAGCCAGUUUUAAACUUACAGCCUAAUUUUAAUUAAUCAAUAAAUCAAAACUCAAAUAAUUUCAUGCAAACUAGAGGUUCUCUGUAAGGAUAUAAAAAUUACACCUAUUAGCCUCAAAUGGUUAAGCCAAAGCUCAUGAUUUAAGAUUUUUACAGGCAAAAUCAAACAAACAUUUCUAGCAUACAAGAAUAAUUAAUGCCAAGAACAUUAGCAUCUAACUAAAGUUAUAUUAAUGUGUAUGAAAAAUAAAGAUCAUAAGGACAAUCCAUGAUUUAACCAUAGCCUUAUAUUUAAUCCUUCUAAAACACAUUUAAUCCAUAAAGGGCUCCUGUAAAUACUUACCAUCAUUAAAUAAGAGAUACUUAAUCAUAACGAGAUAAUGCUCGAAUACUAGAUGACAUCUCUACAGGUAGAUUUUCCAUGAAUACUCACUAUCAACAUCAGAACCAAGUCUAGCAACCAAUCAACAACCUGGGGCAAGCCAUCAAUAUCCUCAUGAACUGA